GAGAUGCAACACCCCUUUUCUUACAUGUCUUAUGGUGCCAUUUAAAUACAAGUCAAAAAUUAUAAGCGUAUCCUUUAUUCUACCUCUCUCUCUCCCUCUCUCUCUCUCUCUGUCUCUCUCUCUCUUUUAAAAGGAUGCAUGGAAAAUUGACGCUAGGACAAGUAUUUUGCCAACCCAUUGUCCCCAUUUCAUUCUUUGUAAGCUUCAGUAGUCUGAUCUGCUUCUUCUUUUACUGUAUCAAGAGCGGCUUUACAAAGACAGAUAAACAAAUCAGUUGGAUCCUCACAUUUGCCAGCAGUCUUGUCUGUACCAUCACUUCCAUCCCCUUCUUUCUCUUGUUUUGGCGCUCUGGCUGGGACAUGACUCAGCUAGGCAUAGAUUCAAACUAUCACACAGCUCUUGUCUGUUUCUUUAUCUCUUACCUAAUCCUGGAUCUUUCUUUGGGCUCCAUCUAUUACCGCAACCGUAUCACGUUGCUCACAGGCUGGAUUCAUCAUCCAUUGUACAUUGGUAUUCUUAUCUGGUUACUACGGUCAAAAUCUUCUUCCUUCUUCAGCACCAAUUGCUUAUUGGAAUUACCUACCCUUGUAUUGGCCUUGGGUUCCUUUCGAGAGAAAUGGAGGUGCGAUAUAUUGUUUGCUUCCUCGUUUUUUCUAUUGAGGUUGGUAUUUCAUGCAUACAUGAUUGUGGCUUUAAAGCAAAGACAUCGGUUAGAGACUCUAUGGCUUGUGGCCGUUAUUGUCUUUCCAUUACAUCUCUAUUGGUUUUAUGGUAAGGGCAUUGUCACACAACAAGUGAAAAGAUAUGCGGCUCAUUGGCCUGUCUUUUGUAAAACUACACCUGCCAUCAUCACCCGUCGUCGACCUAAGCAUUCUUUCCUAGAUAGAAUCUGCACCGUUUAA